CUCUUUUAGAAAAUCAUUCCCAACUAGUCAAAAGCUCAUGAAUAAAUAUAUAACUCCGUGAAUCGUAAAUCAACGAAAACUUUAACGUUUGUUGUCAAUUUUUGCUAAGAAAAAUCAAUCAAAAUGCCCGAAGUGGCACCAAAAAACAAUUUAAGCACAAAUAAUGGGGAGCAAGAAAAUACAUAUUGCUCUGACUCAAACUCCUCCCCGAAUACUUCUCGAUCAUCUUCUCCACCGAGGUUAAGACCAAAAUACAACCGUCUAAUUGAAAGAAUAAAUCGUCGCAAGUAUUCAGGUGAUCAAUGGUUUUCAUUGGAAUUUUUUCCACCAAGGACAAAUAAUGGAGCAAUGAAUUUAAUACAAAGAUUUGAGAGAAUGGCCCGAGGUAAGCCAUUAUUUUGUGAUAUAACAUGGCAUCCCGCUGGAGAUCCUGGUAAUACCGAGAAACCAACAAGCUCAACCUGUAUUUCUGGAACCAUGGUCAAUUAUUGUGGUAUAGAAACCAUGUUACACAUGACCUGCUGUAACCAAAGUGUAGAAACCAUCAAACAGAAUUUACAAAAAGCCAAAGAUCUGGGUAUCCGAAAUAUCCUAGCUUUAAGGGGAGAUGCUUUAAGUGAGAAUGGAGAAUGGCAGCAUGUCGAUGGUGGAUUAAACUACGCUACAGAUUUAGUCCGUCUGAUAAAACAAGAACAUGGAGAUUAUUUUGUUAUUUGUGUAGCUGGUUAUCCUACUGGACAUCCUGAAUGUACAUCUUAUGAGGAUGAUUUGAUACAUUUAAAAGAGAAAGUCGAUGCUGGAGCAGAUUUUAUAAUUACUCAACUUUUCUUCAAAGCAGAAACAUUUAUUAAAUUCCAGAAAGACUGUAAAAAGAUUGGAAUCACAUGUCCCAUUGUACCAGGAAUUCUUCCUAUUCAGGCAUACCAAUCACUACGUCAUAUUGUGAAAUUAUCUAAAUUAGAAGUACCUCAAGAGAUUAUAGACGCUAUUAAUCCUAUUAAGGAGAAUGAUGCAGCCAUUAGAAAUUUUGGCAUAGACCUUUGUGUUGACAUGUGCAAACCUUUGUUAAAAUCUGGAGAAGUGAGCGGCCUCCAUUUUUACACGUUAAAUCGCGAAGUUGCAACUAUUGAGGUGUUAAAAAGACUUGGAAUGUGGAACGAAGAAAUUCAAAGACCGUUACCGUGGAAAUUAACAGCCAACCAUGCAAGAUGCAAGGAAGAAAUAAGACCCAUAUUUUGGGGUUGUAGACCGAACAGUUAUGUGUACAGAACUUCCAACUGGGAUGAAUUUCCCAAUGGACGAUGGGGUAAUUCUUCUGCUGCCUCGUUUGGUGAUUUAAAACACUAUCAUUUAUUUUAUUUAAAAAGUAAUUCUACCAAAGAACAUCUGUUAGAAAUGUGGGGACAUGAAAUAAUGUGUGAAGAAGAUGUUUGGGAUGUUUUCUACAGAUAUAUAACCUGCAAAACAAAUAAAAUGGGAAAACAGGUGACAGAAAUUCCGUGGGAUGAUGGUGAAAUGUCAGCUGAAACAACUUUAAUUUCUGAUAAAUUAGCAGAGGUGAACAGACAAGGCGUUCUUACAAUAAAUUCUCAACCAAAUGUUAAUGCUGCUCCUUCAGAUGAUCCAAAGGUCGGCUGGGGAACCCCUAAUGGCUAUAUAUUUCAAAAGGCAUAUUUAGAGUUCUUUACAUCUCCAGAAAAUGUUGAAGUUCUAAAGGAAAUAUUAAAAGAAUAUCCUUUGGUCAAUUACCACAUCAUUAAUUAUACGGGAGAAGCAGAUUAUACCAACUGUGAUGAGUCGGAACCUGUUGCUGUAACGUGGGGAGUUUUUCCUGGUAAAGAAGUACUACAACCAACAGUAGUUGAUCCAAUAGCUUUUAAAUCCUGGAAGGAUGAAGCCUUUGCUUUAUGGGUGGAGACUUGGGGUAAACUUUACCCAGUUGAGUCUCAGUCUAGAGCUGUGCUGGAAGAUAUUCAGAAGAGAUAUUACUUAGUUAACUUAGUGGACAAUGAAUUUCCUAAACCAUCAUGUCUGUGGGAGAUUGUCAACAAAAUGUUAGCUCGUUCAAAAUCUAAACGUGAUCUUAGUGAUUGUGAAAGUGUUGAUGAAUAAAUAGUGCCAGUAGUGCUAAAUUGUUUAGCCUAUAUUAUAUACGUAGUUAACAUUGACUCAUGAAAUAAACUGUGAGCUUUCUAAGUGCUGUGUGAAAAUUAGAACUAAAAGAUGGUGUAACUAAUAUCUUAGCUUUGGUGUCUUGAAUGGUGUUGAUCUGUUCCUACCAAAAUGGUUUGAAUUAUUUCAUAUUGGUCCAGUAUUAGGAAUAUUUUGUUUUGUUUAGGUAUUGUUUAAGCAUGUACACUAUUAUUGUAAAGUUUUAUAAUUUGUAAAGCAGAAUCAAAAAAGUUUAAGUUUUACAAAGCAUAAUAAUAGUAGCUUUUCCACUACUUUCAUGAUUUUCAAAUAAAUUUGGAAUACAUUUCUAUCUACAGUGUAGACAUCCUGCUAUUUUGGUGGAUUUUUUUUUUUUCCUGAAAUUUCAUUUUAUUAUAACAAACCUAAAUAUAUGCCAGUAAUACUGUACUCAAUAUUAAGUUUCAUCUAUAUGUCAUGAUCUCACUCAAGUUAUUUGAACAAAUCUAUUCACAUUAUCAAUCCAGUAGAAAUAUGAUAAUAUCCAUAUGACUGAUAUUAUUUUACAUAGGAUUUAGUUUUGUAUAUAUAAUAUGUAAAUAUAUAUAAAAAUAACAUUUAUUUGUUGUGUUAAAGUAUUAAAUUUAUAUCUUUUGAAUAUUGAAAAUAUCUGUUAUGUUUGUUUUGUUUUUUUUUAUUUAUUUGAUAAAAGGUAUUAAAAGUAAAAUGGCUUGAGUAUGUUUUUGAUUUUAAAUGAAUUUGAUUGAAUGGUUAGCAAGAGUUUCUUACUUUUUAUCAUACAUACCAUUUAAAACUUGAUAAAUUUAAAUGUGCAUGUACAUCUAUAACUUUAUGUGAUAUUGAGCAAGAACUAAUAAACGGAAUUCAAAACAAUAA